UACACCGUCCGUACACAAUUGUGGCAGGAAAUUUGCGCGAAUAUAUAUAUAUUUAUUUGUUUUUGACAAUUCAGUCAGUUGAAGUGUCGUAAAUUUAUUUAUUUUAUUGGAUCGUCAUAAUAUUUACAUAUUUCUCACACCACUAUUUUGUGCUUUAAAUGCCGACUGUGACGUCCGUGACAAAAUCCACUAACAGCGUAAAUGAGUAUUCAUGCCGGGAAAGAUCUAAUUUUUCUUUUAGAUUUGCUGCGGCUGUGACGUUUCGAGCUAAAUUAUUGUGUUUUUGUUUGAACUGCUGAUAUUUUGAAGAUUUUCUCUUCUAUUUUAAAAGUCAUUUUGGAGUGGCUUUAGGUAAAAAUAAAAGAGAUGCAUUUCAAGCAAGGGGCAACUUCAAAUUCAAUACUGUGAUUGUGAAAAAAGCAAAAGUUGUACGGAAGGAGAUCAAAAUUGUGUAGCACUUGUUCUAAAAAGUACUUCAAGAAUAAGAUCUAAUAGAGAGAAGCGAAUUUCAGUGGCUUGGGAAGGUGCGGCCAUUAUGUUCGUAGCAACUGCGUGCACUGAUGUUCCUUGAUGAUUAUAUUUUUCCAGCCUUCCAGUGUAAAUGGACAGAGCAUGGUGAUUCCUAGAUUGAGCAUCAUGUAACUUCUCGGUUUCAUACACAAAAAUGUUUAAUAACCAAGCGCAAAGCUUUAAAGUAGGCUUAGGCACAUCACCAAAAUGUCUUGGUCAAUCUGAAUCAAAAGGAAUCCAAAUGCAGUUCUCCCAGUACCCUAUGGACUCAGAGAAGACGCCUCCCAUUCAGCAGCAGACGGAUAAUCUGGAUUUUAUGGAUGUUGAUUAUAAGCCUUCAAUUUGCAAUGUAGCCCAUGUUGAUGUUACGGCAUCAAUGGGAACAGACUUGUCAAACAAUUUCCAGGGUUCAUUUGGAUUGAUGCGUUAUCAUUCUGCUCCAAGCUCAUUUUUCUCAAGUCUAGAAGAAGAGGAGAAUAAUAAGAUCAUAUCACAAUAUUUCUCUAAUGAUUCUUCCCUUCCAUCGCAAUCUAACAUCAAAACAUUGCAGCAACAUCAAUCAAGUUUAUCAUCCUCUCAUGUUGGGGAGAACAAGCCAGCAAAGCAUUAUGGUGAACAAAAUGAUUAUUUGAAAAGGAAUGUGCCUCAACUUCCUUCCCUUAAUAGAAGUGCAGGACAUGCAACCAGAGAAGAUUUGGGAAAGCACCACCAUCUUGUUGCAAUCCUUGAGAAUGGACCUGAUGUAUCCCAUGAUAGUUUUGGCACCUCUCAAAUGUCAUUGGCAAAACAAUUUCAAGCUUCUCACCCAGGUGUACGGAAGAUAGGCUUGUACGAAACAAACUUAGUUUCCUGCAAUCCCCUUGGAAGGGUGACUAAUGGAUCCUCCUCGAUGUCCAAGAGUACCCUCAUUCGCCAUAGUAGCUCCCCAGCUGGACUACUAUCUGGAUUAAUUAAUGAGGCUCAAGGUGCCUUUGAAAGUGGUUAUCCAGAAGAAAAAAAUAGGGCCACCAUGGGUUUAGGAAGCUCUUGUGGAGAUAUCAUUCCCCAAAACAGAGUUCAAAUCCAAACCAGUUUUUUGCGGCAGAAUAGCUCCCCUCCUGGGCUGUUAUCCCAACUUUCCACAGAUAUGGGUGUAUCUGCUAUGGUUGGGUCUUCUGCAGAAAAUCAAGCAGGAAACAGUUCUGAUGAUGGUAGCUUAGGCAGUGGGAAUGUACGCCAAGGAUAUAUUUCAAGUUUUUCAGUUGGGUCAUGGGAUGAUGCAACAAGGCAUUCUGGAAAACAUUCUAGCAUGCAAAAUGGUAUAAACUAUGCUGCAAGAAAGCGUUCAAAAGAAAUGGAUGGGAAGGUGAUGAUGCAAGAUCUGCAUAACAUAGAUGCUCAGGUAGAGACAGGAAGUCAGGGCACAUCUGCAUUAGUCAAUCCGUCGUACAAUUUGUCAAGGUCCAUAUCUGCAGAACUUGCAUUGGAAGAGCUCAUGCAAGAUUCUGUUCCCUGCAAAGUUCGUGCAAAGCGUGGAUUUGCAACACACCCACGAAGCAUUGCUGAGAGAGUACGAAGAACACGAAUCAGUGAACGAAUGAGGAAAUUGCAGGAGCUUGUGCCAAACAGUGACAAGCAAACUACAAAUAUUGCUGACAUGUUAGAUGAGGCUGUUGAAUAUGUGAAAGCCCUUCAGAAACAGGUUCAGGAGUUUACGGAAAAGCAAGCAAAAUGCACAUGCAUACAUAUACCAGAUUGUACAUUCAAAAGAUAACCUUUUUGUGAACAUGCAGUCUUAGGUUCUCAAAGCAAAAUAUUUGCAAAUAUUGUUAUUAAUAUUCCUUUUGGCAUAUGGCAUUUCCCUUGGAGGGUGUUAAUAUAUGUGAUGUCAAAACAACACUGAAGCCCACUUGCAAUAUCAGAUGUAUCAAGUUCACUGUUGGGCAAGUCUCUGCAAUUUGCUAUUUUGGAAAUAUCAUAGUAUUACUACCCUUAUUUGUAUGGCAGAGUUAUUGAGGAAUUGCCUGGUUACACAAAGGUGAUCUCACUUUUGAGCUUAUCAGGGAUGUACUAGUCUGCACUGUGGCAGUCAAGAUUUUUUGGUUGGCUUCUGUACAUCUUCUCUAGUAGAAGGUAUUUGAUUAUCAAAUCAUUUCAACUCCAUACCAGCUAAGCAGAAAAUGUUUAUUAUGAAAAUGCUGAUAUUCAGAAAAGAAGGCCCCAAUCUAGAUCAAAGUGUUGACAGGCAAGGAAGACACUAUUUGGUUCUCUGGCAGAAACUGAUAGUGUCUGUGCUUUGACUUUGCCAAAAUGCUGUACAUUAGCAUCCAGUAACCAAUUUAAAUUGUGGAAAAAGCUUCAGUUCAUGUCUGUUGAGGUACUCUUGGGCCCGUUCAGUUCUUGAAAAUUACAUAAUUUAUCAUUUUCUCUGUAAUUGAGAAAAGAGAAUUUGUUAAUUUCGACGCCUGUUUCAAGUAGGUUCACAAAAAUAAACUAUGUAAUUUUAACAGUUGUUUGGAAGCUGCAGUACGAUUGAAAAUUGUAGGUGUAAUUAGAUUGUAACACUUGUCCUAAGAGUCUACUACUCAAGUGUCAGGAAGUCUUAAGGUAAGCUGUAGCACAAAUCGGUAUUCUUGGCUGAUGUCCAUUUGCAUCAUAGAGGUCCCUUACUGAAUGGAACUGUAAAGUUUUAUAGCUUUUUAAGACUGAAGUAGAUAGCAUGAGAUGAUUGAACAUUA